GGGACCGGAUGUUGAUAGAGUCCGCAGGAACAGCUGAGCCAGAUCAACACAGCGGCUGCGGCGGAGAAACGGAGAGCGAAGGCAGGAAGGGAAGAAAAGAGAAGCGACGCGAACAAAGGAAAUAAAGGAAGAGACGAGGACUGAACGGGCUUUGUCGCAGAACACAAAAACUGAGAAGUGCAAACGGGUGGAGAAACCAGUCGUAAAAGCCUCAAGUAUCGCUGAAAAAGGAGCCCCACGGCACGGAGUGGGACUUCCCGGCUGAGCAGAGAGCGAUGGGGCGCAUCUUCCUGGACCACAUUGGCGGCACACGACUCUUCUCGUGCGCCAACUGCGACACCAUCCUGACAAACCGGUCAGAGCUCAUCUCCACGCGAUUCACAGGGGCCACAGGACGCGCGUUCCUCUUUAACAAGGUGGUGAACCUGCAGUACAGCGAGGUGCAAGACCGCGUCAUGCUCACAGGCAGACACAUGGUGCGUGACGUCAGCUGCAAGAAUUGCAACAGCAAGUUGGGCUGGAUCUACGAGUUUGCUACGGAGGACAGCCAGCGCUACAAAGAGGGCCGCGUCAUCCUGGAGAGGGCGCUAGUGAGAGAGAGCGAGGGCUUUGAGGAACACGUCCCCUCUGACAACUCCUGAGUCUGAGUGCCCUCCUGUGCCCUCCCCUGUCCUCCCUGUCUUCCCCAUCCUUACUCCAACAUCUCUCCCCUUCCUGUUGCUUUCCCAGCCACUUGACAAAACCCCCACAGCUGCUCCAACAUUGACUUCCGUAAUCGUAGCGCCAUCUCUGGUCUCUACACGGUUUCUCGCCAAGGCGCUCCGCUCUUCCGAAAUCCCACCCCCCUCUGCCCAUUCAGAGACUCGGACAGGGACCCAAUGACUCCAGAUUUCCUGUGUUCCAUGUAGGGGGUCCAUCAGGGAGGAGACACACAGAGGGGCCAGCCCAGCAUCUGUACACGUGCACAGCAUCUGCAUGCGCGCGCAUAUGCGCACACACAAACACACACACGUAAGCUUGGAAGAGCAUACCUGCAGAGACAGAAACACACACAAGAUGUACAGGCACCCUGCUGUUCCGUGUCUGUCUGGAGAGGCACAUUUGUAUUCACGCUCACGGACAUGCUGUGUAUUCAUAUCAAUAUACAGAUGAGUGUUUCCAAGCCCACGGUGUGUAUCGAGUCCCUCGGAAAGGAGGGAAGAGGGUGGAUUGUUUCAGCUUCACAUUUUGCUCUGGUUUCCUUUCCGCAGCUCGUUUGCUCACUCUGUCCCUCUCUCUCUCUCACUCACACACACGGACUGCAACUGCGCACUGUUCUGGUGGGACCUGUCUCGGCGCAACAGGUGCAGCGCCGCCUGAGUUGCUGUUCAGAUCAAGAAGCAGUCAGUCGUCUGGUGGUACGAGCCCUCAACAGGAGCUUGAGUGUGAAGGAGGAGUGUCAAGUUCACAGCGUGACACGAGUGUGACACCACCUCCCCACACACACACACACACACACACACACACACACAGAGGAGGGUGUGCUGCGGUACUUUAUCACUCGUCUCCCGCUGUUCCCCACACCAAACGGACGCAGGGUGUGUCAUCGAGUGAGAUCUGCUGUCCUUCACAAAUUGGACUUUCUUCUAUUUAUUCAUCAAGCCUUGAUUUAGGUUCCCUUUUAACAUUUAUAUAUUUCUUUUUUUUUUCCAUUCCAGUAAAAAAUUAGAGGGAUCAGUAGGGGGAGGGGUUACAUCUUGCACUGCAUUGAACCCUUGCUGUUUAGACCCCUUGCCUGCAUCUCUCCGUGAUGUCGUGCUGCGUCAGAGAAUCACCUGCGCAGGACAGCGUCGCAGUGUGGAUGUAGAUGAGGUUCAGCUCCAGCCCACCGGUAGGUUAUUGGGUCCUUACAGUAAUGGAGUCAGGGCCUUGUCCACCUCCUCCAUCUGCAGCUUCCCCCUUCACCUCACCCAGGUCAUUGUGCAACAGUGGGACAUUAUUAUUGAUCUUAAUGAUCAUCAUUUUUAUUUUUAAUGUUAUCUUUUCCUUUCUUUGAUUUCAAAAACAAAAGCAAGAUAUUUCCUAUUUUGUGUGCUCAGUUCU